AUGCCUCUUCCGCUCCCUGAUACUGGUUCACUUUCUUUGUUCAAGGGUCCUUCAUCAAUGACUUCUCGAAUAAAUAAUGAUCUCUUAGGUGUACCGUCGUCUACCGGCUUUGAUGAGUAUAAUUUAAAAGGCGCCAAAAGAAUGGAUGUAUCUACUGCUCCUCCUAGUCCUGUAAAUUGUUCUAUUUCUAUCGAAAGAAGAGUUAAUUCUGCUGAUAUUUUACGUGUACGGCGAAAUAGUGAUAAAAGUCCUUUAUUAAACAACAAAAGGCAAUCCGAUUGGUGGAAAUCAUUCUUAUCUCGUAUUCAACAAAUCCCUUUUUUGAAACGGAACGAACAAAAAAUUUCAAAAGAUGUAUAUACUAGUGAAAUUGAUUUAUCUGCAACUUCGAGAUCAAGUUCAAGUGUUGAUGUUCGAGCUAUUAGUUGUGAUAAUAAUAUUGUCUCAGUUUUUGACGUCUGCGCUCAAACACCUCGACAUUUCUCAAAGGAACCUGAAGUGUUAGGUAAAGUUGGUAGAUUUACUAUAGUUAGAGAAAGAGAAGAUUUUAGUACUACUUUGUUUGAUCAAUGUCAUUGUCAAGAAAAGCCCUGUCGUUUCUCUGCGAACGGUGGAGAUCAUCCUGUAAUGCCACCAGAAACCUUACCAGAUUUAAUACCUUAUACAUCUCAAUCUUGCAUUGUUAACGAGUCCAGUCCACCGAUAAGAAUUCCUAUUCAUAAAGAUUCUAUGAAUUUAGCAUCUUAUAAACUUUCUUGUCAACAAUAUGGAGCUCAAAUGAGACAAAAUUCUUGGGAAUCGAUUGCUCCUUAUCGUCCAGGAGUCUCUCAAAGUUCUUCUAUAUAUACACAAAAUUCUUUAUAUACACAACAAUCUUCAGCUGCAACAUCUAGAACUUCUUUAUCUUCAUUGAAAUAUUCUACUGAUUCAUCAAAUAUAAAUGUGACAAACAAUAAGAUCUCCACCUCUUAUUCAUCUGACUUGGCUCUUUCACGUAGUCGAUCAAAGAAUAUUGUCAACAAAUCUAUAAAGCCACCAUCACCUGUAGCUAAUGGGCCUUUUGAGACUAAUGAACCACAUACUACAAUUAGUUCUCAUACUGGUAGAAAAUUCGAAGUAUGGAGUUCUUCGUCCUCAGAAUCUGCAUCUUCACCUUCAUCUACCAUGAGUAGUAGUAUACUUAGCAUGUCCUCGAGCCCUAAUAAUAGUUUAUACUCAUUACAAGGUACAUCAACCCGAUGUAGUACAUUGAGCAGUAAACAUGGUCGUAAAUUUGAAGUUACCGUUAUUUCAUCUGGUAAAACUGAAUAA